UGCCACUCUCGGCAAUUGGAAGGGGAAGGUCUGGAUCGUUUAGGCUGGAAGUAACUGAGGUGAAGUACACAUUGCGCUGUGGUUAUUAGGCUGGGCUUAUUAGGCUGUGGUUAUUAGGCUGGGCUUGUUAGGCUGGGUUUAUCCUUCUAAGCCAUCCAGCUUAUUUCAUAAGCCAGUUCGAAGCCCUGUUGUGCCCUUUCAUUCCUCCUGCCCAGGCAUCCUCCCAGUGUGAAAAGAGCUGAAACCACGGUGAUAUAAAACUUGGCUUAGAGACUGGGCAUUUGCUUCCUUUCAAAUUCCACGAUGAAAGUAAAGGCUUGGGGAGAAGACACGAUAACUCUCAUACUUUAUACCACCACACCUCGCGGCGUGUGAUAUGUGUCCCAGCAACGACGUUCCCAACAGUCUUCCACGCGUGCCUUUGUUCUGUCACAACGUGGUUUUAGAUCCUGUACCUAUGACGUAUUUGUCCAUCUCUCUGUGGGCUGUGUGUGUGUUUAUCUACUCCUUCUCCUUCUCAACGCGUCCUUUAAAAGUGCUCUUUCCAUAGGAGUUUAACCCCAAAGGUUGGCGUGGAAGCUAGCAGACAAUAGUCUUGCC